AUGACCGCCGACUACCACAGAAUGGACCGCCUUCAAAACGCCUUCACCAACUUGCGGACUCGCACCUACUCCUCCGCCGACACCCUGCCCCAGCCCUCCGCCGAUGAGUGGUAUAUCCCGUAUACUGGCAACCCCACACUCCCUCAACAAGACCCCCAGCGGCCGCAAAAGAAGGCGACGCACCACCGCAAAACAUCAUCGCUCGGGGGGAAUCUAAGGAGCGCAAUGUGCGGCGCAGAGAUGGAGGACGAUGGUCACGAUCGAAGAGAUGUGCGGUAUAAUCCUGCUGCUGCUAGUGCCCAGAGGUUCUUAUCUCGGAGCCAUAAGGGCUCGUCGCCAUCCUUCUCUUUUCCUUCAUCCCAGGAGUCGCUGAACCACAACCCUGCGCCGGUUACGCGCUUCCCGUCAUACACCUCCGUCCCCACUGGCUUGGAAGAGCCAAACAUCCUCUUCUCGCCCUUGAACAGGGAGCUGCGAGCCAAGGCGGAAUCAUCGGGAGAAAGCGUCCCUCUACGAGACCAGCCUACACUCGAAGAGUCUAGUGCCGAUAUCCGGAGGCGCACAGUCUCCCUGCCGAAUCGGUCCCAUCACAAUCUUGAUACUUACCAACAGAAAGAUGAACCAAGACAAUGGCUGGUUCCCUCAGCUCGCGAGCUAUUCCUCUUCCCUCGGCCUCAUCUCUAUCCCAGACCUAGUCAGCGCGCUCAAACUAGAGUUCGACGAAACAGUAUCGAGAGCUUCUCCACCACGUCCUCCGAUAACGGUGCCCGCGUCCUGGAAAAGACGCAAGCUCGGGCAAAGGAGCGUAACGACUGGGCUACGCUAGUGCAGCGGAGAGGGAGAAGUCUGAGCUUGGGCGGACGCGCCGAGCCCCCACCGGACGCUCCGAUUGUUGGCAACGCCAAAGCCCGGGAGAGGGAGAGGAGUCGGAGUCGGAGUCGGGAGAGAGGAAGGAACGGAUCGAUGUUGAAUAUCUCGCUUGGGGGUGUGCAAGGGCGAAAGCGAUCAGCGUCUCUGGGUAGCCGUUGGGGAAGGCAUUCCAAGAACUCUUCUGUUUCUGACAAAGGCGAGAGGGGCGACAACGUCAACAAUUUCGGAAAGGAAGAUGGAAGUCCGGCCAUACCCAAAAGCUUUGACUUUACGAGGUCGAAUAAUACCUUCAGGAGAGGUGGGAUGCCUCCCAGGAGACUUGGCGUAUCAGAUCCUAACCUCAUUGGGAGCUACCAGAGAAACAACCCUACCCCCAGCCUCGCCCACUCCCGAGGCUAUACACAAAGCCAUCCAGAUCUCUACAACACUCUACAUUCUUAUCACGAACCUCGCAAUCCUGCUGCUUCUGUACCCAUAGGCCGGACGCUGCACUUUAAGCAGCCUUCAGUGGCUGACAGAGGAGGUGUUGUAGUCAUCAGUCGGAACGCUUCCUCACGCUGGGCGUCAUCCAGAGCAAACAGAUCUGUACCUUUUUUGGAAACGGAGAAACCGCUACCCAGCCUGCCCACUGAGCAGCGACUAUCCAGUGCCCCGAGUGAUAUGCCUGUAUCGCCUACGGUAGACUCGUUGAUGUUUGGCAUGUCUCCGGCUUUCCGGGGCUCUGGCGAGUUCGAGGCAGCUCAAGAUGAGUGGCAGCGAGGACAACAGGAGAUCGGUGUGGCUGUCUCCCCCGGUCUGUGUCAUGAUCCGGAAGCAGAGGUGGAGCGGUCACAGCGGCCAGAAGACCUACGCUUUUCAGAUGGCUCAUCCAAAGCCCGCGACUUUCUCGCCAAGCAACAAAAACUUGCUCGGAUGCGCAAGGCUUUCAAAGCUCCCGUGCAAAGCCCAGCAGGCUAUCGAAGACCGGGGCCCAUCAGCCCUCACGUGCUCAGUCCGCUGUAUGCUUCGACAACCUCGAAUGGUGACUCGUCCAGGGCAGCAAACGACUCUUCUGGCCUUUUGCCCAGUGCGCCUUCUCCCGCUUCUUCUGCAAAGAUUCAGAUCCGCCAGCCGACGAUAGAAGAGAGGGGCCACAGCCGGUCUACGAGUGUCGGGGUGAUCGAAGGGCAGGGCAAAGACCCACAAGCGCUGACGGCUGAGAGACCGUGGUCGGGAUCAGAUUUGGAGCUGAAGAGCAAGCAUGGAUCGAGGCCUAGUACGGCCGAACAUCGUACGAGAUCGAGUGGGAUAUCGACGGUCCAGGAUGAGGAGGAUUUCCAUGGAUUGUUCUUCAGAACACCGCACGACGCUCAAUCUACCCCCAGCCUGCCAUCCGGCAAUCUGUUCCCUCCUCUACCGCCUCUACCACCAAUGUCAUCGCGUGGCUCCAGACUGUCCUUUGGAGUCGACACCAUCUCCCGAGGGAACGGUCAAGGUCUUGCGCACUCUACCUCAGACAGCCAGCUGCGUCGGACUUCAGCUGGGAGUGACGGUACGAUGUUGGAGAUCAACACGCCGGAUACGAUGCUUGAAGAAAUCUUGACGCAAGGUUUGGAUGUUGGGCCGAGGCCGGUGACGCCGCCAAGGAGGAAACUCCUUGCGCCUAUCGCCAUCGAGAGACCUAUCGGUGUGACGGUGAGGCAGGACGAUUCGUUCGAGAGGUUACCACAUCAGUCUCAAGAUUACCAAUCCCCUUCCCGUCCCGAAUCGGGCACCAUGCCUCCCCAAAACCCGACUGUGUUGCCCUCCCCAGUCACCUUCUCACUUGCUCCUAAACAACCUAUCGUCUCGCACUCGCAUCAUCCCUUUGCCCACCCUCACAACUUUCCAUCUACUCAAAGUUUACACACCCCCCUUCAAUCAGGAAGGUCGCGGUCGAGGGGCGAUGGCUUGGCCGUGUCGCCCGCGAUGAGCUGGUACAGGGACUCGGCGGCGGUGAGCUUUGUGGAUGAUUUCCCAAGCCCGCCCGGUCGAUAUGAUGUGGGGGAGGAAGAGGGGGAGGAGAUGAUCUACAGUCCUGCGAAGAAGAGGACGGACUUGAGCUCGAGCUCAUAG